AUGGCUUCCGCAAGCAUUCCGACGACCAUGAAGGGUGUCAUCAUCGAGAAGACGGGCGGAACAGAUGUUCUGCAAUACAAGACGGACUUGCCCGUCCCGCAGCCCAAGGCCGGCGAGGUGCUGGUGAAGAACGACUUCAUUGGCAUCAACUACAUAGAUACCUACUUCCGCACCGGCCUCUACCCCGCCCCCUCGCUCCCCUACAUCCUCGGCCGCGAAGCCUCGGGCACCAUCGUCGCCACGGGCUCGGGCGGCGACCUGUUCGGGCUGGCGGCGGGCGACCGCGUCGUGUGGAUGGCGACGGGCGCGUACGCCGAGUACACGGCGGUGCCGACGGCGCACACGACCAAGGUGCCGGCGGGCGUGGCAGCGGACGUGGCGGCGGCGGCGCUGCUGCAGGGGCUGACGGCGCUGACGCUGAUCCGCGAGGCGCACCCGGUCAAGAAGGGCGACUGGGUGCUGGUGCACGCCGCGGCCGGCGGAGUCGGGCUCUGGCUGUGCCAGCUGCUGCGCGCUGUUGGUGCGCGCACUAUCGGUACGGCUAGCAGCGCGGAGAAGAUUGAUCUUGCGCGCAAGAACGGCGCGGAGGUGCUGAUCAACUACUCGAACGAGGACGUCGUCGCGAAGGUGAAGGAGGUGACGGGCGGCGCUGGCGUUGUCGCCGCGUUCGAUGGCGUGGGCAAGGCGACGUUUGAUAUCAGCAUGGAGAGCUUGGCCAGGAAGGGGAGCAUGGUCAGCUUCGGCAAUGCGAGCGGUGCGGUGCCGCCGGUGACGAUUGCACGUCUCUCUGCAAAGAACGCAAAGCUCCUUCGCCCCACGCUGUUCGGCUACCUCGCUACUCGCGAGGAGUUCGACCGCUACACCGCUGAGCUUUUCGAGUUUAUUGAGAAGCACAACAUCGACGUGCGCAUCCACGGGGUAUACCCGUUGGCAGAGGUUGCAAGGGCACACCAGGAUCUGGAGGGAAGGAAGACGACCGGAAAGCUGCUUCUGAAGCCGUAA